AUGGACAGUGGAAUCAUGGCGUAUCUACAGUGCUUCGAAUUACUACGCGCUACACUGCAGAAGCAAAAUCCUUCCUUCGAAAUACCACAUCGUAUCAGUAAGGAUUGUCUUAUUCACGGUACAAUGGAGUAUUCAGCAAAAAUGCUUCUAAACAAGGAAGAACGCUGGACAAAAGCAAUGAAACUCUUGUUAACCAAUCUUCGUGCUGCUAUGGUGCAAAUAGCAGCACUUAAACCAAGCGGAAUGUAA